CAGAACAUGGAGGCAGUAUACACUAUUCUGGGCUUGGAGUUUUUAGAUGCUCGAAGUAUUUUAAUAUUUGUAUGUAUCUUUCUGCUGAUCAACAACAUUUUGAAGAACAGAAAACCAAAAAACUUUCCUCCAGGACCUCAGUCUCUUCCUUUUAUUGGAGAUCUUCAUCGCAUCAAGCCUUCCAGACUCCACCUGCAGUUAGUAGAGUUUUCAGAGAAAUAUGGAGACAUUUUCAGUCUUCAUCUCUUUGGUGAAAGAGCUGUGAUCAUAAAUGGCUACAAAAAUGUGAAAGAGGCCCUGGUCGAACAAGGAGAGGACUUCAUUGAUCGUCCUGCCAUUCCACUGUUUUCAGAAAUUUUUAAGAACAAAGGUCUUGUGAUGUCUAAUGGUUAUCCAUGGAAGACUCAGAGGAGGUUUGCACUUCACACGCUUAGAAACUUUGGCUUGGGCAAGAGAGACUUGGCACUUUACAUCCAGCAGGAGUGCCAGUACCUCACAGAGGCUUUUACUGAACAGCAAGGUAUGCCUUUUAAUGCACAAUCACUUAUAAACAACGCUGUGUCCAACAUCAUCUGUUGUUUGGUGUUUGGGAGUCGAUUUGAUUACAAAGACGAGAAGUACAAGACUAUUCUUCAAUACUUCAAUGAAAUAAUCCUCUUACAAGGAGGUUUGUCUGUGCAGAUUUUCAAUGCAAUGCCCUGGCUGAUGAGAUGGGUUCCUGGACCUCAUAGAAAAAUAUUUAAACUGAUAAAAAAGAUAAUUGACUUUGUCGAAAUUAGAAUCAAAGAACACAAAGAAAACCUGGACCCUUCAUCACCAAGAGAUUACAUUGAUGCCUUCCUCAUUGAAAUGGGAGAGAAGAAGGACGCAGAUUCUGGUUUUGAUCUCAGUAAUUUGUGUGUUUGCACCCUGGACCUGUUUGGUGCUGGAACCGAAACCACCACAACUACUUUAAAAUGGGGGCUGCUUUACAUGAUCUACUACCCACAUAUACAAGAGAGAGUCCAGGCUGAGAUUGAUACUGUGAUUGGACCAUCCAGACAGGCCUCCAUGACUGACAGAGAAAACAUGCCGUACACUAAUGCAGUCAUCCAUGAAAUACAGAGAAUGGGAAACAUUGUUCCACUCAACCUGCCUCGCCAGGCAAAUAAGGACACUAGCCUUAAUAAUUACACAAUUCCAAAGGGCACAUUGAUAAUACCUGUACUUCAUUCUGUUCUACAUGAUGAGACAAUGUGGGAGACACCACACACCUUCAACCCUGAACACUUUCUGGACAAGAAUGGUCAAUUUAGGAAGAGAGAGGCCUUCAUGCCUUUUUCUGCAGGUAAGCGUGUAUGUCUUGGAGAACAACUGGCCAGGAUGGAGUUGUUCCUGUUUUUCACCUCCCUCCUUCAGAGGUUCAAGUUUUCCUCUCCUGCAGGCGAACAGCCCAGUCUGGAGUUCAAAAUGGGAGGCACUCGUCUCCCCAAACCGUACUGCCUCUGUGCCAUACCACGUUAAACCAUCUAUUACUUUAACAUGAGCUUGACAAAUCAAAAAGUUCCUACAUAUUUGUAUUGCAUUAAAAAUACGGAUGAAGAAACAAGUGUUGGUUAUACUUCUGCUUCAGUUUAUCUGCAGACUGAUAUGUAGUAGUCUCAGUUGUACAAGUCUCUCUUAGUGUUUGUU